UACCCUCUCUCCCUCUUUCUCUCCCCCUCCAAGAACGGUGGGCACCGAUGGAUGUGGCUGAGAGUCCUGACCGGGACCCACGCUCGCCAGAGGACGAGGAGGAAGAGGAGCAGCCAGGCGUGUCAGAUGAUGACAUCCUGCGGGACAGUGGGUCCGAGCAGGAUGCGGAUGGGGUGGGGGGUCAGCCUUCUGACCUGGAGGAGGAGGAGGAGGAGGAGGCGGCCGGUGAGCUGACCGGGGCUUCCGGGAGCCCCCCACAUGGGGAGGAGGACCACACCAGUGACCUGAGGGAUGAGGCCUCAUCAGUGACCCGGGAACUGGACGAGCACGAGUUGGACUAUGAUGAGGAGGUGCCUGAGGAACCAGUGCCCACAGGACAGGAGGAAGAGACCGAGGAAAAGGGCGACAGCACUGCGGGGGGGCAGGGGGAAGCCGCUGCUCCUGACACUGCAGAACAGGAGUCUGAGGAGGUGAGCAAGGAGAAGAAGAAGGAGGACGAUGAUGGCGAGAUCGACGAUGGUGAGAUCGACGACGACGACCUGGAAGAGGGGGAAGUGAAGGACCCCAGCGACAGGAAGGUGAGGCCUCGCCCCACCUGCCGCUUCUUCAUGAAAGAUGUGGGGCCACCGUUGUCCACCUUUCUCCCACCAAUUCCAAAUCCGUCCCCACUCAGAGGCCGGGUCAAAGGAAACUGCACCUGGGGUAUGAACUGCCGCUUUAUCCCUGGCGUCAACGACAAGGGCAACUACUCCCUCAUCAGCAAGGCUGAGCCCUUCCCACCCAAUGGCGCUCCACCCCUGGGGCCACACCCACUGAUGCCCACCAACCCCUGGGGUGGGCCAGUGCUUGAUGAGAUCUUACCACCACCUCCUCCAGAACCUCCCACCGAGAGUGCCUGGGAGCGAGGACUCCGGCACGCCAAGGAGGUCCUGAAAAAAGCCACGAUCCGGAAAGAACAGGAGCCAGACUUUGAGGAGAAGCGACUAACUGUGACCAUUGGGGAGGAUGAGCGAGGCUUUGACAAGGAGAAUGAGGUUCUCCGAGACUGGACCUGCCGGCUCACGAGGGAUGUCCGCGACCCUGUACUAGAGCCCUACGCCGACCCCUACUAUGACUACGAGGUGGAGCGGUUCUGGCGGGGCGGGCAAUAUGAGAACUUUCGGGUGCAGUACACAGAAGCAGAGCCAUACCACAGCUACCGGGAGCGCGAGCGAGAAAGAGAGCGGGACACCCGGCAACGGGAGCGUGAACGGAGCUGUGAGCGAGAGCGUGAACGGGAACGGCGCAACGAGAGAGGGGAGAGGGAGCGCGAGAGAGACAAGGACCGGCAGAGGCGGAAAGAGGAGUGGGAGCGCGAGCGGGCCAGACGAGAUGAGAAAGACCGGCAGCAGCGUGACAAGGACAAGGACAAGCUCAAACCCCGCUCUCCACAGCCCCCCAGCCGCCAAGCAGAGCCACCAAAGAAGGAAGGCGCCUCUGUGGGGCCCCAGGUGAAGCGUGCCGAUGAGUGGAAGGAUCCCUGGCGCCGGUCCAAGUCCCCCAAGAAAAAACUCGGGGUGUCAGUGUCCCCUAGCCGGGCACGGAGGCGCCGGAAAACUUCGGCUUCAUCUGCUUCAGCCUCCAACUCUUCCAGGUCAUCAUCCAGGUCGUCAUCCUACUCGGGUUCGGGCUCUUCGCGGUCACGGUCACGGUCCUCAUCCUACAGUUCCUACUCUAGCCGUUCCUCCCGCCACAGCUCCUUCUCGGGUAGCCGCUCCAGGUCCCAGUCCUUCUCCUCAUCUCCUUCCCCAUCCCCCACACCUUCCCCACAUCGGCCUGUCAGAACCAAGGGGGAGUCCACCGUGCCUCCCGGGAAAGCAGGGGAGAAGCCAGUGCGGAAACCAGCCCUGCCUCCACUGCCACAGGCCACCAAAACUGUUGCUCCUGCUCCAGAGCCUGCCAAGCCAGGGGACCCACGGGAGGCCCGGAGGAAGGAGCGCCAGGCCCGGAGCCCCCCAAGGAGGAGGACCCUUAGCGGCAGCGGCAGUGGCAGCAGCUAUAGCGGCUCCAGCUCCCGGUCCAGGUCGCUGAGUGUCAGCAGCGUGUCCUCGGCAUCCAGUGGCUCGUCCAGCAGCAGCUCAGCGCACAGCGUUGACUCAGACGACAUGUAUGCUGAUUUGGCCAGCCCUGUGUCCUCUGCCAGCUCACGCUCCCCCACCCCGGCCCAGCCCCGGAAGGACAAAGGUACCAGGGAAAGUUCGAAGAAGGAAGACGGGGGUGAAGGAGGACAAGCGAAGCGAGAUCCAUCUACUCAAGCUCCAAGUUCCUCACGUCCCACGGCCCGUUCGCAUAGCCCAGAGCCUCCUGCAGCUCAGCAAACGCCGCCUGGCCAGCAGGGCACCUUCAUGGCCCACAAGGAGAUCAAGCUGACGCUGCUGAACAAGGCCACAGAGAAGGUGAGCAGGAAGCGCUAUGAACCUUCCGACAAAGAGCGGCCGAGCCCGCCUCCUGCCAAGCGCACCAAUGUCUCCCCAGAGCGAGGCUCUCGGGACCGGAAGUCUGGCGGGAGGGUGGGCUCCCCAAAACCAGAGCGGCAACGAGGCCAGAACUCUAAGACUGCUCCAGCACUGGCAGACAGGAAGCGCCAGUUAUCUCCCCAGUCCAAAAGCACCAGCAAAGUCACGAGUGUGCCAGGCAAGGCAUCGGAGAGCAGUGCUGCUGGCCCCAAAGGCAAGGCCAGCACCCUGUCCCGGCGCGAGGAGCUCCUGAAGCAGCUCAAGGCCGUAGAAGAUGCCAUUGCCCGAAAGCGCGCCAAGAUUCCUGGCAAGGUGUAGCCGCAGCGGCCAGCGCACGCUCAGCAUCAGGCGGCCAAUGUCUCAUGGGCUGAUUCUUUUUAUCAAUUAAAAAAGACAAAAAAUGUCUCUCAGCUGGGAAAGAAGCCACAUAGGUGCCACCUGAUGGGCCCCUUAAGGCAGCCAGACUUGGCUCUGCCUCUGGGCCAGCUGCCUCCUGCUGCUCAAGCUGGGUCUGCUCUCUUGGUGGCCCUUCCUCUACCCAGGAUCGAGGUGGACACGUGUUCUUAACUCAAGUCUGACCGGGAAGCACUUCCUGUCUUUUAUUUUACGCAUCAAAUUGUUUUAGUUGAUUUAAAAAGGAAAGGAAUACCGGGGGGUGGGGAGGCUGAGGGCGUGUGGGCGCCUGCUCUGGAGUGUUUUUCUGAGGGUCCGAAAUAAACUAUUUUGAUAAGCAGC